CACACAAAUAAAAGGAAAGAUGUGCCUUUACAAAGAAUACUAAGGUCUUGUGUAGAAACCUAUGUACAAGUUAUAGAAGAUCGCCAAACGAAGUCGCGCUUUUGCUUUAUCUUUAACUCUGUAAUAUUUCCCCGAGCAUAACUAUGAUAACUGCCACAGUCACCAUGCAUGCAGCAUGCACUCUCGAUAUUGCAUGAUUAGUAGUUCAUAGACGAGUCUUUUUUGAGUACGUGUGCUUAUUGAUAAGGCCAAAAGCUGAGCUUACAUGUGAAUUUUGUUGUGAUGAAGUUCUCGUUGAAAAUCUUGUAGAGAGAUCUGAUGCCAAUACCUGGAUCUUUAAUGCCACUAUGACUACAUCUACUGCUACUUCUGCAACCGUAACAACUACUCCAUCGACUUCUUUAACAACUACAGAUACUACUACAACCACCACAACUCCCCUACUAAUGAUACUUCAACUUCAACCACCAUGACCCCAGCUACAACUGAAGUAAAAACUUGCCCAUUGGGCUUCCAGACAUUUAAUGGUUCCAGUUAUUGCUUUUGCUGGAAUAAGCAGUCAUGGAGAACUGCACAAAGUGAUUGCAAAGGACUUGGCAGUGAGUUGGUCAAGAUAACAAGCAAUGCAGAGAAUGAUUUCAUUGGAAAUAAAAUAGUAGAUCAGCAUCACUGCUGGAUUGGACUGAAUGACAUAGACACGGAAAACUGCUUUAAAUGGUCUGUGGAUAACAGCAGUAUUCAAGACAAUGGCAAUUAUUCAAGAUAUACUAGCGCCAUAAGAUCAGCAGUUUAUGAUGCCAUAAUGGGCGAGUUUCGGUUAUCAGUGUCGUAAGGUGCUGAUAAUAGAGUUAUGGCACCAUAAUACCUAACAGAGGCUCCACUAACUGGUUAUCGGCGCCAUGAGCCAUAAAUCAGUUUUGGUUAAUGGCUGUUUUCGCUUAUCAGCACCCCGCCAAGAUCGAAACCCCUGCCAAUACCCGGGGACUGGAUGGAUAGCUUCUUAGGAGUAUCAGUAACAGGUUUGGGGUGGUGGACGGAUCCUUGCAGUAGAGUAGCAAUAUUAAGUGCCAUCGACUUGGAUAAAAUCAAGUAAGAAAGAGGUGCCAAUACUUCUAUAGCCCACAAAUUCACUAUUGGCAACUUUUAUACUAGCUAAAAUCACGAAUGUGGCAUCUUAGGACUUCAGUUCUGCUUCUCACUUCAAUAGUGCAGGAGCAGAUUUACAGUUUUAGAGAUGCUACCUGAUGAAGAAGUAGAGAUGGAUGUGAGUAUUCAUUAUAAAAAUGGAGAAAUCUUUCAGGAAUCUGCCAACAUCAUAAUUGGACAGGGAAAUGGAGCAAGACGAAAGAAAUGGAUGAGCUGUGAAACAUGGAAACAGAGAGAGAAAAGAAGAAUGGCAAAACUUAACUCUUAAUCAUUAAAGAAAAACAUCCCACAUCUGACCUUAUUAUGAACUGAAUAUAUGAGCCUUGAUAGUGAAGUAAAGAGAUGCUAUAGAAGAGACAAAAGAAGGUUCAUAGAUUCUACUGCAGAUAAGACAACAUAAUCUAAAUAGAGGAGAUGGAAGAAGUAUAAGAUUUGCAUAUGAGGGUAUUUGAGAAGUCGCUGGAAAGAAGAGACAGAGGUGAGUUACCUGUCAGGAAUGAAAAUGGAAAUCUUCUAACUAAGGAAUCUGAAAUCAGAGCAAGAUGGAAAGAACAUUUUGAAGAGAUGCUAAAUAGGCGAACCCCACCAAAUGAGGAAGACAUCCUUGAGGCCGAACAUGAUCUUCCUGUAGAUGUGACAUUAGACUGGCAGAGGUCAUUUUGGCAAUCAAACAACCGAAAAACUAUAAGUCACCAGGAAUGGAUGGUAUUGCACCUGAAAUGUUGAAGGAUGAUGAGAUUCAAACACUCAUUGUGUUCAAUGAAUUAUUCAAUCAUAUGUGGUGAGAUGAAGUCACGCCUGUUGAAUGGAAAAAGAAAGGGAUUAUUGUUAGAGUACCCAAGAAGGGAGAUUUGAGAGACUGGGAAUUGGCAAGGGAUCACAUUGUCACCAGUAGGUAUGAAAGUUUUUUCCAAGGUAAAAUUAAAUAGAAUAAAACCUGUAAUAGAUAGAAUACUUCUAAAAGAGCAAGCAGGUUUCAGAAAGGGUAGAGGAUGGGACGAUCAGAUUUUAUUCUACGACAUAUUGCUCAACAGUGUAAUGAACUAAAAUCACCUUUUGUUUUAUGCUUUGUGGAUUUUGAGAAAGCAUUUGAUAGCAUUUCAUGUAGUAUGUUAAGAAAGAUUCUAAGGCACUAUGGGAUACCAGAAAAGAUUGUAAACAUCAUAAUGGAUAUGCAUAAUGGAACUUGUUGUAGGGUAUUGGUUGAUGGUAGUCUUACAGAUGCAUUUAAAGUCAAGACUGGAGUACUACAAGGUGGAAUACUGUCCCCUCUACUGUUUACUAUGGUGAUUGAUUAUGUUAUGACCAAGGUAAUGCAAGGAAUAAAUAAUGGCGUUCAGUGAAAAGGUGACCAGGGAAUAUGUGAUCUUGAAUACGCAGAUGAUAUAGUUCUAAGUGCCUCUACAAUGGUUGAAAUGCAGGAAGUGAUUGAUAGGUUAGUACUGGAGGGGAGAAAGGUUGGAUUGGGGAUCAACUAGAGAAAGACUGAGGUCAUGCAGAUCCAGAGUGGUGAUCAGACAAACUGCUUUAUCAGAGGAGUGAUAUUACCCAACUCAGACACUUUCAAAUACUAUUUGUGAACCAUUAUUACCAGCAACGGAUUACUAGGUACAGAAUUCAAAGAGAGAAUAGGGAGGGCAGAACAAGCAUGCUAUAAACACCCAUACCUGUACCAUACCAUAGCCAUUCCUAUACCCAUACCAAUACCAAUAAUACACCCAUAUCCCAACCAUACCCAUGUAUAAACCAUACCAUACCCUUAUCCAUAUUCAUAUCCAUAUCCAUACCAUACCUUACCAUACCCAUACUUACAGUUAGAUUAACUGUACUAAUAAUAGUCAAGAAAAGUCUACAGCAGAACCAGCUCCGUUUAU